ACGACAACCCUAGUCGGAAAAAACAAACUAUUGCAAACAAAUCUGAAUUAUCAGAGAAAAUAUAGAAAUAAAUAGGAAAUAUACAAAUGGACGACAGCGUGAUACUGCUAGACGACUCCCAGAACAGCGUGGAGAUUGUGGAAGACGACGUGGAGGACGGGGAGCUGGAGGACGACGUGGAAUUCGUGCCGCCCGCGGAAGUGACCCAAAAGCAGGUCGAACCUGCCGCCAAAAAUGAGGAAAAUGAAGAUAAUAACUCGAGUCAGGAAGCCACCGAAGGACCUGCAGACAACCUGGUUUUCGAAGUGAGAUUCCGCAGGAAGGAGGACUACGCCAGUCUGCAACAACAAAUGCUUGAGAUCUUAAAACACAAUUUUGAAGCCAAGCAACUGGUCUUCCGGGAGAACCCAGAGGAUCUCCUGAUAGCUGCCUUCGCAGGGAGCGAUCCUCAGGAGCCGGAACACACCCAGGAAACCGAAGAUCUCUUCAUGAUCGACACGCAGCCGGUGGCCAAGCUGAAUGCCUCGCAAGUUCCCUCCUACAAGCGCUGCAACUCGGACAUUCUGGACGAGCAGACGGAGGCGCGGAAGAAACUCAAGGCGGAGGCGGUGAACAAGUGCUUCCGGCCGAAGGCCCAAUCCUCCUGCUUCAACUGCGGCGACACAGAUCACUCCCUGCGCGAGUGCCCGAAGCCCAGGAACAACACGAGAAUAAUGCGGGCGCGCAAAAAGAACAGCAGUCGCAUGGAGCGCUACCAUGUGGACACUGAGCAGCGUUUCGGCCACAUUCGCCCCGGCAGGAUCAGCACCAAGACGCGCCAUGCCAUGGGCUUCAACCGCGGCCAGCUGCCCUUCAUGUUCUAUCGCCUCCGAGUGAUGGGCUAUCCGCCCGCUUGGCUGGAGGAGGCCAAGGUCCAGAGCUCGGGCAUAGCGCUCUUCAAUGCGGAUGGCACCGAGGUCACCAAAUCGGACGACGAGGAUGGAGAGUCCGACACUUUUAAAUACGAUAUUAACAAGAUAGUCGAGUAUCCCGGCUUCAAUGUCCAGCCCACCGGCAAGUUCUUCGAUGACUAUAAGCACCACAAUGUGCCACCCUUCCAAGAGAGCCACUCCAAGGCGAACUUUAUCAAAUCGCUGGGCGAAAACGUAAUCAACGGGUACAAACGCAAGAAGCUGGUGGAUUUGCCUGCCCCACACGACCAAGUUGCCGUGCCCAGCGAGGAGCAGACCAGCUUCGGAGACUACGACAUGGAGUUGGUGGACGAGGCAGAGGAUCCACCGCUGCCGGAAAUAGCUCCUCCGCCGCCACCACCGCCGCCAGAGGAAGAGGAACCCUCCGCUCGCUCUCCCUCACCAACUAUGGAUGAUUUAAAGGCCCAGCAGGAGAAGCUACUCCAACAGCUGGAGUGCAACACGUCGCUGGACACGACGGCGAAUGAAUCCAUAUCACAGACUGACCUCGAUGACACCGCUGAGGUUUCGGAAACUGCGGCUACAGCCAAAGAUCCACCGACUCCCUUCAAGGCCUCCUACGAGGGCACUCCGCUGCUGAAGUUCUCCGUCUACGAUCGCCUGCCCGUCGGCGAGAACUUCAAGGUGGGCGUCAGCGACGUCAUCAACUUUGAGAACCUGCCCGACUCCACCGGAAAGUACGAGCAGAUGAAGGACCUGCUGAAGAAUGUGCGCGAAAAGAUGGUCAAGCUGCAGAACGAGAACUGACGAAUGCAUUAACUCCCGCCCACCAAAUGUACAAAACACACAAAUACAAAACCAACGCCUGUA